GUGAGAGUGGGAGGAUGCGUCGCUCCUUGUAAUGUACCCUCUGUAACCUACCCGUAUAUACCCGUUAUUUUACCCCCCUACCGUUUUUCAUUUUUACAUGUUGUGUGCGAGGGACGUAUGUGUUUAAUGGUAGCUGGUGAAACAAUGCCAAAAGAAUCGUGAUCACAGAAAGGAGAAUGCUGGAAGGUUGAAGGUUCACCUCAUCACUACUACGAUAAAGGACGAGUGUUUGAGAACACAUGAGAGGAAUGUGUUUAUGACGGAGCACCAGUGCUAUGUGCCAGGCUAGUGGCACUCCCCAGGCUAGUGGCACUCCUCAUGCAAGACCACCAGCCAGCACUGGCACCGCUACACCUCUAGCAGCCGCGGUGCUAAACCCUAAGGGGCAGCUAGAGGCCGCGUCGCUACGACAAUGUACCUCCCCGGCCAGAGUUCGUAGCAGAGACACGCGACGGAGGAUGAUAAUGGUGGUAGCCUGAGGCAGUGAAGGAGAGGAGGAGGAGGAGGAGUAGAAGAAGAAGGAGGAAGAGGAGGAGGGCCAGUCAUAAUGUUGGGUGGAGGGCCGCCCAGGGCGCGGCGGGCGCCCCUACAGCGCUCAGACACCGCCCCUGAGGAACUGGAGCUGGAGAAACGUCUGGAGGCGGAGUGGCGAAGACGAUCCCUGGCCAGGGCUAACUCCGCUGACCGGCCCUCCUCUGUGGCCCAGCCUCGCACCGCUUACACCCUCCCAGCAGCCUUCCCUGGUAUUACUGCUGCCAUGGCUGCCAGUGACUAUUUCCCCUCGAGGUCAACCGUCAGUAUCCCUGCCUCUUGCUCAGCGUCAUGUCCUCCAACGGUACCUGCCACGCCCACGCGAUCACCACGCCCGCCCUUACGCCCACCUCUAGGGGCGCCCCUUGCCCCGCCUCCACCGCCGCCAGCCUCCACGCACACGCCCGUGGGUGGUGUGGGCGGUGGGGGCGUGGUGGGCGGGGGUGGGUUCCAGUGUGAGUGCCUGGAGGAUCGACCUAUGAAUCGCUGGGAACCCGGGGUGUUUGACAUGUGGUGUAACUCUUGUACCAAGAAGCGCCGGGAGUCCUCUGUCUGGAGCUCUCUUGACCUCAGCCUGCCUCCGCACCAGUUAUCUUCGAGUGCCCUGCUGCCCGACACACCGGAGGCUGACCCAUGCUUGGUGGGCCUCGAUAUAGGGGCAGAUAUGCUGAGAGCGCGACCACCCCCACCCUCCGUCUGGGACUGUCUGGUGUCCUGUCACAACCGUCUUGGUCAGCGCCUAGCAAGAAAGAGGGUGGAGCAAGGGGUGCGGCUGUACAACCAGCAGAAGCACUUGGCAGCAGUGAAGAAGUGGAAGCAGGCGCUGCGUCGCAUCAACAAGGACAACGAUAAGUUCAUCACGCUGGGAUACCUCAGCCAGGCUCACCUGGACUGGGGCCGCUACAGAGAAAUGCUCGACUUCGGGUUCCAGCAGCUCGACAUCGCUAACGAGAUGGAUUCACCGAUGUUACGAGCUGAGGCGUACCUAACCCUGGCGAGGGGCAACGAGCGGCUGGGUAACUUAGAGAAAGCUGUGUCCUACUGUCGCCAUUCCCUCUACAACCAGUGUGAUCAGUCCCGCACUACAGGCUACGUUCACCUCACCCUCGGCAACACUUACCUCGUCUACUCCAGCUAUAGCAAGGCCAUUGAGCACUACGAACUCGGUCUCAAGGUGUCUCGAAGCAUUCAUGACACGGCGCUCGAGCUGCAGGUCUAUUGUGGUCUCGGGCACACCUUCUGUCUCCUCAAGGACUACGAGAAGUCCCUCUCCUUCAGCGCUAAGGCAUUCGAACUCUCCAAAAGUUUUCAUAUAUGUGACCUUAACUCCAAGUUCCAGAGACUGUCGUUGGUGACGCUAGCGACGCCUUUGAGAAAGUUAGGGCGACUCCACGAAGCCAAGGACUGUUGUCAGGACGCCCUGAAGAUGGCGCUGACGGCUGGAGACCGACCAACACACGCCCGCUGUCUGUCCAUUCUAGCAGACAUCCACAGACAGUGUCUGGAUGUGCAGCGGGCAUACAAACGUUAUGAGGCGAGCAUGCAGUUGAUGGUGCUUGUAGAGGACCGCUAUGGCCAGCUCAUUGCUCUAAACGGCAUGGCCAAAACUCUUGGACUCAUGCGCCGCCAGUCAAAGAUCUGUGACUGUCGCCCUCUUGAAAUUAACAAUAAAGUAAUUGAUCUGGCUUCUUCUCUUGGUUGCAAGUUGAUCAUGCGGUCAGCACACCUGCGUCUGGCUGAGCUUUACCGGAUUCUCAAUGAUGAAGAGAAUGAUGCGCUUCAGGAACGCUUGGCAUCGUGUCUUACUGAAGAGAUGGAGUUGGUGUGUGGUGUCUGUGGGGAGAGAUAUGGUGACCAGGGUGGUAACUCCCUUGAUGCUCUCCCCUGUGCUCACAUCUUCCAUGCCAAGUGUGUUAGAGAUCUGAUGGCAUCUGGGGAUAGGAAAAAGAAAAAACGCAUAUGCCCUGAUUGUCGAAAAUCUCUCAACUCUCGCUUGAUGCUCAUAUGUUAUGAUGAACUGAAAGCAGCCUACAGUGAUGGCAGAGUGCCCACCUUCCCACGUUACCAUCCUUCUCCUUGUUCUGAUGACCAGCCCCUCUGAUACUCAACCCCCCGGCCCCCACCUUCACUUAAAGAUGACAUCUGCUUCUGGCUCUUCUGUUGUACAUAAGAUCAACAUGAGCCUUGGAAGUUGUUACUACUAAUAACUUAUGGACACUGCAGUUAAAAGAUGUGUGACAACAUGAGGCUACAGGGAUAUUGCACCUGCUGUGAGCAUGUCAGCUUGAAGAUAACUCUGUUAGCCUUCAAAUGCUGAAACCUGUCUAGCCAAGAUAGUCUCACUAAGACAGUGCGUCAGACUCUUUAAUGAAGGUAACAUACACUGUAAAAUUCAUUAUUUUCUGGUCUCUUCUCACAAGGUGUUUGGUGCAACUGGUUAAUAAUGAAAGGUGUGAAGUGACUCGUUCAUCAGGAAGGUUGUGGCACAGUUCGUCUCUGUGUAAAGUCUGGCUACUAACAAGUACAAGAUCGGUGUCAUUACAGUGGUGGCAAAUGCUAAACAGUGUGAGCAGCAAUCAUUAAGAAGUCAGAAUAAAUAGAUUAUUUUAACUCACAGUUGUUGCAUAUUCUUAAGGUUACUAGAUGUGUAUAAGUGAUAAACUGGCUUAAUUGCUGUACAUUUAAAACCAAAUUUCGCUUUAUAUUUAGUGAAUAUAAAGAAAGCUCCAGCUUACAUACACACACACACCAAGAAACCAUGAAUCAGAGGUAAAUGCCAGUUUUAUUGUGUUUCAGUGUACAUGUUUGUUUGCACUUGGCAGCAUACAUGGUAUAAGCAAUGACAAUCACAAGUGACCUCUCAGUAGUGUAUAAUACAUGGUGCAUAAAGGGGCAACAAAGAGAAACAAUGAGGACCACUUUUCGUACAUUAUGUUCCUCGCCUUCGGCUUGUUCAGGUGGAUAAUAAGGAUAUCAAACACUUAUUCAGGAUAAUAAAGAUAUCAACACUUAAUCAGGAAAAUUGUGAGAAUAUCAAGCACUUAUACUCCAGCUGGCUCUUACGAAGCUGCAUUGGAAUUUCAAGUAUCCUAUCAACAUGGUUUUGGUAGCACACUAAGUCUAAGAAACUUUUCUAGUGCAGUUUUUCCUUGCACUGUAAGUGGAAAAUACCAAAGUAAGGUUUAUUAUUAUUAUUACAUUCAUGAGAGAAGUACUAUACAAAGUUUAUUAUAAACAGUACCUAUGAUCUUUCAACAUGACUCGAAUAUAUAGUCAUAUCCCAUCCAGUUUUGAUUUCAUGGCAACUCCUUGAAACAUUUGUAAAAAACUAUGAAUUUCUUUUAUAUUUACAAAAUAGUUCAAUCUGUGAACUUGACCCUUAGUACUAUAAUGCCACUAGUACAGCAGUCUCGAAUAAUUGUGGCAAUUCUGAGGUUGCUUCUCGUGUAAAUCUUCGCCCUGUAUAUCUUGGUGAUAAUUUUGAGUUGAUUUUAAUGGUAAAAAAUAAUUAUUACUGAGAGAAAUAAUGCACAGAUAUUAAGAGGUUUUUGUAUAUGAUGAUGCUAGGUGAGAAAAUGUUUCACUCAUAACUUUUUUGUAAAGAUUUUUCUUGUAAUGAUACACUUAAAAUACAUUUAAAUUUUUAUAGUUAGGAAGAAAAAUCACUUCUGAGGAAGUAUCAGUUUGUGUUUUAAAAGUUUCCAGUUUGUGGGCUUCAGGUAUAUGCAGUCAGGAUGCCUGAUCACAUCUGUCAAAGUGCAGACAUAUGGCAAGUGUUACACUACCAGACAAAGGACUGUUUAGCAUGUACUCUAGUAAAUCUUUGAAAA